AAAAAUAUUUGAUAAACUUUUUUCCUCUUUCUGUCUUGAACGGGGAAAAGAAGGACGAGCUAGAGAGGAUGGCGAUGGAGCUAGAAUGAAAGCCUGUAUCUGGGAAGUAUGUUUCGGAGAAGACAGUUAAAUAUCCUGAGCAAAGAUUUGAUCUGGACCGCAAGACAUUAAAUCUGAAGAACAUCCGAACAAGAAAGAGCGUGGAAAAGUGGCCGGAGUUAAGCGGAAUCCUUCCAAGAGGAGGAAUAUUUGCGCAAUGAGGCGCACGUAGAGGAAAGCCAAAGUUUUGGGGAUACCUCCGUAAAACUGUUUCUGAAGCGCAUCAAGGGCGUUAAAUUCGCUGUAUCCGACGCUGUAUCACUACAUCUGUAUCCUGUCCUUGCUGCCGGAGGGCGAUGGGGGCCGCGCCGGGCUCGGGCUGGGAGGAGGGCGAAUUCGAGUUCAAGUUGGUGUUUGAGGAGGACCCGCCGCAGCGACAGAGUCAGGGGCCAUCCCCGGUGCGCACAGCCGGACUGGAGAGCUCCGUUCCAGGGGAUGAGAGUGAGGGCUCCCUGUUGCACCUGGACUCCCCCAGCAGCAGCAGCCUGGUUACAGACAACCACCUGGCUGCCAGUCAUGCAGGACACACAAUCAGCAUCCCCAGUCUGCCAGCCUCGGCCAAUCAGCGGGCUGGGAUGCAUUCUCCACCUCCAAGAAGGGCCCCUGUCAGGGAGUUCAGCGGGACCUAUGAGAGCCUGCCUGCACGCUCUGUACAGGUGUCAGAGUCUCGUGUGGUCGAGUGUCCUAGCAUCCAGAUAACCACCAUCUCACCUGAAGAUGACCCAGCACCUCCCAUCUCCAGCUACUGGGAAAUGGGCAGUGGUGGUGGGUGGGACCGAGAGCGCCUCUAUCUACCCCUGCUGGACCCUUUUACCUACCGCGACAGAUGCCCUGGCUCCCUCAGCCCCAGUCCUGCAUCCAGCCCCUCCUCCCGUGGCUGGCUCAGCCCUGCCUCCAGCUGUGACUCACUGUUAGUGGAGGAGGAAGAGCUCAACGAGGCCACCAACAGUUCAGGGCUCUCGCCGUCAUCGAGGCCCACCUCUCCUGGUGGUAAAAAGCGCAGAAACUCCCCCCUGGCUUCUCCCUGUACCUCUCGGAGGGGCAGUUACUCAGAGGAACUGCAGGGAUGCAGUCUGGAAGGUGGAGACUCCACCCAUCAAUCACAAACUCUGCCCAACAGCUGUGACAUCAGUAUCCCACAGAAAACCAGGAAGACGUCAUUAGAACAGGUGUCUCCCAGGGAGGCAGAUCAGGAGCAGGCACCAGGCCACAGCACCCCCUGCCCACUGCCAGAGACCCAGCAGACCAGGAGAGAGCCCCCCUCUCUGGGCAUGGACUACCUCUCUGUGCCUCCUACUCUGGCCUGGGGCAGAACACGAGCCAGCGCCCACAGCCCUCUGUUCAGACCUAAUGCUCUACCACCACUGGACUGGCCGCUGCCACCCCAGUUUGACCAGUAUGAGCUGCGCAUUGAGGUGCAGCCCCGUCCACACCACAGAGCCCACUAUGAGACAGAAGGGAGCAGAGGAGCUGUCAAGGCUGCACCGACAGGACAUCCUGUUGUUAAGGUGAAAAACAGAUUCACACAGCACCUGAAAGAUGGAAUCACAUUUUUACAACAAUAUAGAUUUGUCAGAAGAAACAUCCUUUGA